UCUUGCUUAGACCCCAAUGGCUUUCAAGCUCAUGUCUCUCUUUAGCUUUACAGGCUCCGUUUUCCUUCUGCUUUCCUUCUUCGCAUUGUUAUCUCUGGCAGCAGAUAACCCUGUGGCCACCCUCAUAACCCCUCCGGACACUGUUUGCGACUCCACCUUGCACCCUUCCCUCUGCAAAACUGUGCUUGGUAAUCAAAAUGGCAAUGUCUUUGACUUUGGCCGCAUUUUGCUUCGAAGGUCCUUAUCCCAGUCUCGUACGUUCUUGAACCAGGUGAAUUCCAUUCUGAGAUCUCCAUCCUCUCUGUCUCAGCCCACCAUUCGAGCUCUCGAGGAUUGUCGCUUCCUCGCUGAGCUCAACUUCCAGUUCUUAUCCGACACCUUGGACGCUGUCAAAAAUCUUAAUGAUUUCCUGUCUUCUUCCAAAGCCGAAGACCUUGAAACCCUGUUCAGUGCCGUUCUGACCAACCAGCAAACAUGUCAGGAUGGCCUUGAAACCACCACUUCGGAUCGAAGAGUAAAGGACGAUCUUUCUUCCUCGCUCUCCGACGACACCAAACUGCACAGCGUGUCUCUCGCUCUGUUCGCCAAAGGUUGGGUGCCCGAGAAGAAAAUCAUAACAUCAUGGCCACGCAAUGGGAGGCAUUUGGAAUUCAGCAAUGGUCGCCUGCCAUUGAAAAUGUCACCCCGAGUAAAGGCCAUUUUCGACUCCGCAAAACGCCACGGCAGAAAACUGCUCCAGUCCGACGACGAAAGUGUGUCGAUUACUGACAUCGUGGUCGUCAGUCAGGAUGGAAGCGGAAACUUCAGCACCAUCAACGACGCCAUCAAUGCUGCCCCUAAUAACACGGCUGCCGGUAACGGUUAUUUCUUGAUCUUCAUCACCGAGGGUGUGUACCAAGAAUACGUAUCCAUAGCCAAAAACAAAAAGUACUUGAUGUUGGUGGGAGAAGGCAUCAACCGCACCAUCAUCACCGGCGAUCACAACGUCGUCGACGGUUCUACAACAUUCAACUCAGCGACAUUUGCCGUGGUAGCAGAAGGAUUCGUGGCGGUGAACAUUACAUUCCGUAACACGGCGGGGCCGAGCAAGCACCAAGCCGUUGCCUUGAGAAGCGGAGCGGACAAGUCCACGUUCUACAGCUGCAGCUUCGAAGGGUACCAAGACACGCUUUACACACAUUCUAUGAGGCAAUUCUACAGAGAAUGUGACAUAUACGGCACCGUGGACUUCAUAUUCGGGAACGGAGCCGUGGUUCUGCAAAAUUGUAACCUGUAUCCCCGGCUUCCGAUGAGCGGUCAGUUCAACGCCAUCACGGCUCAGGGCCGGACGGACCCCAACCAGAACACGGGCACGUCCAUACAGAACGCCACCAUAAAAGCAGCCGAUGAUCUGGCUCCGUCGGUAGGGUCGGUGAAGACGUACCUCGGGAGGCCAUGGAAGGAGUACUCGAGAACCGUAUUUAUGGAGUCAUGGAUGGACAGUCUGAUCAAUCCUGCCGGUUGGCGCGAGUGGAACGGGGACUUUGCUCUGAGCACGCUGUACUACGCUGAGUAUAACAACAGUGGCCCCGGCGCUAACACGAGCAACAGGGUGACGUGGCCGGGCUACCACGUCAUCAAUGCCACGGAUGCGGCAAAUUUCACGGUGUCCAACUUCCUGACUGGGGAUGCUUGGUUGCCGCAGACGGGGGUUCCGUACUCUAGCGGACUUGCGGCCUGAUCGGGUCUCGCCGAUGCCACCAACAAUAGCAUUCAAAUUCAUAAACAAUAAGUUAUGAUUGGCUGUCGUCUUUGUUUAUAAUUCUUGCUUCCCACACAUAGCACAUAUUGAUGUAUUAUUAGCACACGCCUAUAUCUUUUCCAUGCCUGUAUGUUCCCACGCUGCAUGUAGCCAUAUAUACACACACACAUAUAUAUAUUACUAUAUGAAUAACUUCUCAAUUAUUGGAUGCUUGAACAAAUAUAUAAAACGGUUUUCGAGAUUGAAUU